GCGGCUACGAGUGGUACAGCCCGCAGGACGUGUACCGCCCGGUCACGUCGCGCCUGGCCGCGGUCACGGGCAUGCCGGUGCUCUGCUUCGACUACCGCAAGGCGCCCGAGCACCGGCACCCUGCGCAGCUCGAGGACGCCCUCGCGGCGCUGCGCUUCGCCGCGGGCCACGGCCCCGCCGGGCCCGGCAAGGCCCCGCGGCUGUUCCUGGCCGGGGACUCCGCGGGGGGGGGGCUGGCGCUGGCGCUUGCCGUGAGGCUCCGCGACGAGCCCGUCGAGGGCGUCGUGAUCGCGGGGAUCUCCGUGGUGAGCCCGAUGACGGACCUCACUUGCUCUGGGGAGAGCUACACGUCGAGGCGCUGGACGGAGGAUGGCGACACCAGACGCGACCCCAUCUUCCGCGCGGCAGACCCCGUCAAGGAUUCCAUGGACGGAAUCUACAGGUUGCUCGGCCAGCCGGGCGAGGAAGGCUCGUUCGCGCCGACCGAGCCCUCCAUCUCGCCGCUGCACGCCGAG